AUGGUUCUCAAGUAUGGCUAUGCUAUUGGUGAACAGGUCGGGAAUAUGACAAUGACUUCUGGAAAGAUUGUCACUCCCACGAAAUUACCAGAGGUGAUCAGCUUGUCUGUUGUAAACUCUUCUAGGUUUAUAAUUCUUGGAACUAAGCCGGAAAUUCUCGAAUGGCUUUGCACCUAUUCGAAUAUUAAACUUGAGGUGACCUUGUUUGACGAUGUGACAGAAGCGCCACACGUUCAUGUCCCGGACGUAGUUAUUGACCUCUUACCAACAUUCAACGAAUAUGGUUACGCCAAACACAAAUCUCUUCUUGAUUACAUUAUCCCAACACAUCAUCCUAAUCCAGCAGAGGAGCCAGUACGCCUUGAAUUUCGUCCUGCCAAUCCCAAAGAUGAUGAAAAUAUUGAUCCAUAUUUCCGUAUUAUUGUGAAGAGAGGUUCUGCAUUUGGUGAAAUCUUUAACGAAAUCAAGGAUAAAUGGGAUUCGAUCGUGUAUCCUAAUAUGUGGGAUAAUUUAAAACAUCUUGCGACUGUAUCUCGUCAAUACCUAGAGGAUGAUCAAGAUCACGAGAAUUCAUCCACUUCUUACAAUCAACUUAAAA